CUUCUUUUCUACUUCCAUUGUACAUGUUAAUAAUCAAUGUAGUCUCGCAUGUUUUGAUCUAUUUACAGAGUUUCGUCAUCGCAUUGGCUCGUAUUGAAUGCUUGUUUCUGUGGUUAUGUGCUGAACAACUCUGUCCAGUCCAUGGACAGUAGGAAUUCAGCCAUGUUUUCCUACUUAGACAUCUCGGGCCGGCCUUCGUUGGUCGUAUGUCGGGGUGAUUCGGGCUUGUUUUGUUCUCGCACCGGCCUCACGGUGAGCCUCAAAGAGGCCCGUGGUCUAUCUUGUUGUUUGCUUGCAUGUAGCCAUGUUCCCUGGCAUGAUUAAUUCGGAUUUCGUUUCGAUUUCCAGCAUAUGCAUCGCAUUAGUUUCCGUCACUUUCGAGUGUGCUACAUGUAUUACUAGUUCACUUUGUGCUUAGAGGCCACAUUUCUAUUGGGAUUCGUUCUGCAGAAUUAGUUUUUUGUUUUCUUGAAAAACUAAUUCACCCCCUCUUUGUUGCUUAUUCGGGCCGAACGAUUGGUAUUAUUGCAGGUACUCCUUAUUACUAAAGUCUUAUAUACUUUUAAGACACAGAUCGAUGGCAACCGUCGUUGGAGCUGCUAUGGACGAAGAUGACUUGUUUAGCCGCCCUCCAUGGUUUGAUGGUGGCAACUAUACACAUUGGAAACGUAGGAUGACUGCAUUCUUUCGGGCGAAGGAUUACGAACUUUGGUCGAUUGUCCGAAAUGGACCUUCCGUGCCUAUGAAGGACGGCGAGUCGCCUGGUACACCCAAAAGCGAAGCGGAAUACACGGCGGAUUGCGAGAGGAAGGUUUCCUUAGAUGCAAAAGCAUUGCACCUUCUCUAUUGUGCACUUGCUCCGGCCGUAUUCAGCAUAAUUUCCUCGUGCACAACGGCUAAAGAAAUAUGGGAUUGUUUGGAGGUCAUCUACGAAGGAACUGGUCACGCUAAAGAGAUUAGGAUUAGCGUAUUACAAGGCAAAUACGAGGCGUUCAAGAUGAAGCCGGAUGAAAGCAUCAAGGAUGUGUCCGCUCGCUUUAUGGGCAUCAUCGGCGACUUAGCCGCUCUUGAGGAGAAAGCAAAUCAGGCCAGGAGGAAGAAGAAGAAACCAAUCGCCUUAAAGGUCGAUGAUGGCGUCGAGGAAGAGUUUUCGAGCACGGAUGAAGAGGUGUCCACAUAG